AAGCUUGAAUCAUAGUGACAUUUACGACCCAGCUGUCCCUGACUCCCUUGCUUACUCUGCCUCAUCGCACCAGCACCAGCAGCAGCAGCAGCACCAGCAGCAGCAGCAGCAACAGCAGCAGCAGCAACAGCAACAGCAGCAGCAGCAGCAGCAGCAGCAGCAGCAGCAGCAGCAGCAGCAGCAGCAGCAGCAGCAGCAGCAGCAGCAGCAGCAGCAGCAGGAGGUGCAGCAGCAGCAGCGGAUGGUGCAGCAGCAGCAGCAGCAGCAGCAGCAGCUGGAGGUGCAGCAGCGGCAGCGGAUGGAGCAGCAGCAGCAGCAGCAACCUCAGGCAGUGCAGCAACAGCACCCACAGCAGGAGCUAGGUAGUAGAGAAAAUGUUGAGAGAAAAGAGACGACUGAGAGAGAGAGAGAGAGAGAGAGAGAGAGAGAGAGAGAGAGAGAGAGAGAGAGAGAGAGAGAGAGAGAGAGAGAGAGAGAGAGAGAGAGAGAGAGAGAGAGAGAGGUACAAGAUGUGGGUUGUACCCUCGACAGUAGGAUCCAGUCAUUUGUAUAACACCUACCAAGCCUACACAAAUAUA